AUGUCUUGGAUGAACUCCCUCUUUGACGCGUACAGACAAAGGCAAGCUGCCCUCGAAGCAAGCGACAAUCCAUAUGCCAGCGGCGUCGCCUGGAUCGCGGGCGAGCUGUCACCACUGGCAGAGGCCCGGAUCCCGAUCCUGGACCAAGGCUUCCUCCACGGCGACCUGUGCUAUGAUGUUCCGUCGGUGUGGAAUAGCAAGUUCUUCCGCCUAGACGACCACAUCACGCGCUUCGAGUCCAGCUGCGCCAAGAUGAGGUUCAAGCUGCCGCUGCCCAGGGACGAGCUCAAGGCCAUCCUGUUUGACAUGGUUGCAAAGAGUGGGAUGCGGGACGCCUACGUUGAGCUCAUCGUGACGCGUGGGCUCAAGGGGGUGCGAGGGUCGAAACCCGAGGAAAUUGUCAACAACCUGUACGUGAUAUUACUGCCGUAUGUCUGGCUCAUGGACCCGGACAUGCAGUAUCGCGGCGGCAGCGCCAUUGUCGCUCGCACGGUCCGCCGGACGCCGCCAGGGGCCAUGGAUCCCACAAUCAAGAACCUGCAAUGGGGCGACAUGGUGCGCGGCAUGCACGAGGCGCGGGACCGGGGCGCCAGCUAUCCGCUUCUUACGGACGGCGACUCGCACUUGACAGAGGGAGCGGGAUAUAACAUUGUGCUAGUCAAGAACGGCGCCAUCUACACGCCUGACAGGGGGGUACUGCACGGGAUCACGCGGAGGACCGUCAUGGAGGUAGCGAGGGCCCGGGGAAUCGAGGUCCGCGUCGAGGCUGUUCCCGUCGAGAUGGCGUACAGCUGCGACGAGAUGUUUCUGUGCAGCACGGCUGGGGGAGUGAUGCCGAUCACGGAGCUCGAUGGACUGCCGAUCAAGGACGGACAAGUUGGACCGAUUACAAAGGAAAUCUGGGACGGAUACUGGGCUCUCCACGAGAACGAUGCGUACACGACGGCGGUUGAGUACAGCCAGUAA